GAUUUCACGAAACAAUACAAUCGUCUAAGACAGCACCUCGCAGUGCGAUCUGGAUCAGCAACGAGUACGGCCCCGACGACGCCUUCGAAGCCUGCCGGUGGAAAAGGGAGCAAUGUUGCUGUUCUCCCGGCCGUCAAUCAUCCCUCUCAGUCGAUGGCGGCUCGCAAAGCGGCAAGUACGGUUGCAAAAGACCAAACAGCGUCGCAACUGGCGCUCCUGUCCUCAAAGUAUGGCUCACGAAUCGCCAACAUGGACCAUAGGCUGGGGGUCGGCGUGAACAGAAAAGGCGCAUCUGCCCACGCGAAUCUCAAAGACAAGGCUGACCGUGCGACGACGGAGCAGGUUCUGGAUGCACGGACGCGCGUGGUGCUGCUGAAAAUGGUGGGGCGGGGGGUAGUUGCUGAAAUUAACGGCUGCGUGAGCACGGGAAAGGAAGCGAAUGUGUACCAUGGUGUCGGCCACGACCCGGUCGAGCGGGAAGUUGCACUGAAGAUCUACAAGACAUCUAUUCUCAUUUUCAAGGACCGGGACCGGUACGUGGCUGGGGAGCAUCGUUUCCGGCGGGGCUAUGCUCGGCAUAACCCACGGAAGAUGGUGCGCAUGUGGGCAGAGAAGGAGAUGCGCAAUUUGAAGAGGCUGAGAUCAGCUGGCGUGAGGUGUCCUGAGCCGGUGGAGGUCCGAGAGAACGUGUUGGUCAUGGAGUUUUUGGGCAACGCAUCGCAAGCGAGUCCACGGCUGAAGGAUGCCGAGUCGGAGGAGGGGUGGGAAGAGCUCUACGUCGAGCUGAUGCUCACCAUCAGGACGAUAUACCACCAAUGUCGUCUGGUACAUGCAGAUUUAUCCGAAUACAACUUGCUACUGCACCAAGGCCAUAUCUGGAUCAUCGAUGUUGGGCAGAGCGUGGAGCAUGACCAUCCGAGCGCGUUUGAUUUUCUGCGCAGUGAUCUGAGCAACGUGGAAGCAUUUUUCGAGAGGCGGGGGGUGGCAGGGCUUGGCUUGAGGAGGUCGUUUGUGUGGGUGACAAACGAGGAAGGAGACGAGGAGACGCUGAGGAAACUGAUGAGCGAACCGGAGGACAAGGUUGAUGGCGCGUUCAAGCACACGUAUAUCCCCCGGAGGCUGGAUGAUGUGUAUGAUCCAGAACGAGAUAUUGAGGAGGGGUGCGUGCGAGAGGCGGUAGCAACUGCGGCGGGUGAUGAUGGGCGGGAGGCGGGCGACGAUGAGCAGGUGGCGGGUGACGACGAGGGAGAGGCGGGAAAUACCCUGGAGGACGAUGAAGAACCGGAUAGUGAAAGACGCCCUCGGGGCCACCGGCACGAGGACCGCGACGCAAAGAAGGAGCGCAAAAAGGCUGUCAAGGCGGAAGCGCGACAAAGACGCGUGCAGAAAAAGGAGCGUAAGAAAGCAGCGGGGCAUUGA